AUGAAUCACAACACCAACAUCCACUUUGGGAACCGGACACUGAUCCCACACGAUCUCCACGGCCGGAGUUACCAAGACCCAGCCGUAAGCAUCGUGCCACAUCCGUUCCCUCCCAACCGCGCUCAUCCGACGUUUGAAGGACCUAGCCGAGACGAGCAUCAUUACCAUCAUCAUCAAAACCGACCUCCGGUUUAUCAUCAACCACCUAGACCAGUGUUGCAUUCACACCACGACCAUGUUCUCAAUAGGCGGAGAGAUAGCCAUUUCGAUGCCGUGCUUGAGGGUUUCAUGGAGAGCCAAAGAAGAACUAGCCGCGACAUUGAGACAAAGCUAGAGUUCACGCGAUACGAACUAGAUGGAAGACUUGGAGAACUCUCUACCCAAAUAGAGAGAGUAGAGUCAAGAUGCUUGGACAUGGAGGAAGAUUUGAAGAAGCAAGGCGAGGCCAUUGAAGACAAUAGGAGAGCGAUACACUUUACCAAAGUUUCUACCAAGGAGAUGGACAAUCACUUAGAUGAGAAGAUCUCAAGUCUUGAUAACAACCUCGAUGGCACCACCAAGAGUCUCAAUUCAAUAACAGCAGUAGCUCAUCAAGCUAAGAGGGAGGUAGCCGAAGUGACACUAAAGGAGAGGCAAUGUUACUCGACGAUGCUUACAUUGGUGGAAGGGCAAAAACAAGUGAAGGCACAAAUCCGAGAUUUACACAUCUCUCUAGACAAGAGGAGCCAAGAUAUUCAAAGAAGAGCUAGAGGGCUUGAAGACAAAGUAGAUGGAGUCUCCAAGGAAGUCAAGGAUUUAACCACUCGCUUAGCCAACUUGGAAGAGAAGGUCUUGACCGAGCAAAGACGACCAAGAAGAGAGCUGAUCAAGAAAGAGCCACAAGCUAACCACUGGAACAAAGAGAAGAUAGCACCAAAAGGAAGAACCCUUACUCAAAGGUCUUCACAACCGCCUCCCACCAAGGAGAAGAGGAAGACAAGAUCAUCACUUGAAGAGAUCAUAGAUGAUUUCAACUUUAUGGCGAGGAGAUUCCCUUAUGGUGUGCCGUUUGAUAAUGCUUGCAACAAGAGUCCAUUCAUGCAAGACCUAGCUUGGACACAAGAUUGGAGUCUAGCUGAAUUGGAAAAGAUGUACGAGGAAGCAAGAAAGGGGAUGCCUAAACCUAGGUUUCUACACAAGCUUCAUGACCCAGGUUACUUCCUUAUACAUUUCUCUAUCAAUGGAAGCUACUUUGAUGAUGCUCUUUGCGAUUCCGGUUCUAGUGUGAACCUUAUGCCGGCCGAGAUAGCCAAGAAGUUGGGAUUGAUCAAUUCAAUUGUGAAAUCUCGAAUGGAUUUAAAGCUAGCUGAUUCAUCAUUGACCGAACCACUUGGAGAGGUUAAAGACAUUCAGCUUGAUUUUGGAGGCUGCAUAGUUCCAGCCAACUUCUAUGUAGUAACCAUGAAGGAUCCGGAGGACUUAAAGCUUUUGCUUGGAAGAUCAUUCCUAGCCACAGCUGGAGCGAUCAUGGAUUGGCCUAAUAGAAGAAUCUCUCUAGCCAAUGUUGACAAGGACACCUUCUACGAUGCUGCACCUCCCGGUUUCUCAUCCAAGCGAUUUCGCUACACAAGUGGAGGAGAGUGCUCACAAGUAAGAGGAGAGUCGCAUGGCUACUUGAUCAAGGAAGUUCUACAGGACAAGAUGCACUUGGAAUCAUCAGGCAACAGGAAGUUCUUGGAGCCACCAAUCCUACCUAACUAA